GAAAACGAAUGGCGAUGGAAACAAUGGAGUUUGAUGGUGAGAAUGAGAAGCCAAAGCUGAACAAGUACGCACUCGGUUGUGCUAUUGUGGCUUCUUUGAUCAACGCUAUAUUUGGUUAUGACACUGGUGUUAUGAGCGGAGCGAAUAUCUUUAUCAAAGAAGAUCUCAAACUCAACGAUACUCAAAUCGAAGUACUUGCCGGAACCCUAAAUUUAUGUGCUCUGUUGGGUUCUGUUUUGUCUGGGAAAACCUCAGAUAUGAUCGGCCGACGUUAUACAAUCGUUGUGGCGUCUCUUAUAUUUAUGGUCGGUGCAGUCCUAAUGGGUUACUCCCCUAACUUCGCAAUCCUCAUGACCGGACGCUGCAUUGCCGGCGUCGGCGUAGGUUUUGCUCUCAUGAUUGCACCGGUCUAUUCGACGGAGAUAUCUUCCUCUUCACAUCGAGGAGCUCUUUCUUCUCUCCCUGAGCUAUGCAUCAGCCUAGGAAUCUUACUAGGCUAUAUCUCGAAUUACGUCUUUUCCAAGUUACCAUUAAAGAUAGGUUGGCGUAUGAUGCUUGGUAUUGCAGCCAUCCCUUCAAUUGCAUUAGUUUUCGGAAUCCUUAAGAUGCCGGAAUCUCCAAGGUGGUUGGUAAUGCAAGGUCGUCUAAAGGAUGCUGAGGAAGCAUUAUUAUUGGUUUCUGAUUCGAAAAAGGAGGCGAAAUCAAGAUUUCGCGACGUCAAAAUAGCUGCAGGGAUCGACGAAAACUGUAAGGAAGACAUAGUUAUUCCGUCAAAGAAAACAGCUUCCGGUGGCGGCGUUUGGAAAGAACUCUUUAUAAGACCAACACCCACUGUUCGUCGGAUAAUGCUAUCUGCUUGGGGGAUCCAUUUCCUUCAACAUCUAACAGGUAUAGAAGCUGUGAUCUUGUAUAGUCCAAGAAUCUUCAAGAAAGCUGGGAUUAUGGAUAAGCAGAAGCUUUUGCUUGCUACAGUUGGGGUUGGGAUUACUAAAGCAAUCUUUAUCUUUGUUGCUAUCUUCAACUUAGACAAGUUUGGGAGGAGAAAAUUGAUGUUGACCAGUGCUAUAGGUGUGACUACAGCAUUAACAGUAUUAGGGUUCUGUUUGACAAUGGUGGAUCACUCUAAAAAGCAGCUUUUUUGGGCUUUAUGUCUUAGUAUUAUUUCUACAUAUACAUAUGUGGCUUUUUUCUCAAUUGGGCUUGCACCCAUUACAUGGGUUUAUACAUCAGAGAUAUUUCCCUUGAGACUUAGGGCACAAGGAGUUAGUAUUGGGGUGUCUAUUAAUAGGGCUAUGAAUGCUAUGAUUUCUAUGAGUUUCAUAUCAAUCUAUGAAGCUAUAACUAUUGGUGGUGCUUUCUUUAUGUUUGCUGGGUUUGGAGCAUUGGCUAUAGUGUUCUUUUACUUCUUUAUGCCUGAAACUAAGGGAAAAGCUUUGGAAGAGAUUGAGAUGUUAUUUACCCCAAAGGGUUCUAAAGCUCAACAAAGAAAUGGAGAAGUUGGUGUUUAGAUGAUCAGCCUUACAAGAGAAAUAAACUAGUUGAAUGUUG